AUUCGUUCACUGCCUUCUCAUGCUGCCCGUUAUUGUAUAUCUCUCAUUCUUCCACAUAGCAAUAGGAUGUAGUCCUGAUGGUGUCUAUCCUGGAAUCGGUAUGCCCGGUAUUGGGGUUUCUGGCGUUGGAAUUCCCGGUGUUGGAUAUCCCGGUUACGGAAUUCCUGGUGCAGGGAUGCCUGGUGCCUAUGGUGCAAGCGGACCAGCAAUGAUUUCUUUGUUCACUGAUAUACAGUACAAUGAAUCACCGAGCACUCGUGAGCAUAUAAACAAUAUAAGAAACCAGAUUGCUGGAGUGCUGAGGGGUUACGCGGCUCCGUAUGGUGGUGGUAGCUUCGUAAUUACUCCUCGAAAUUCAAAUGGUAGACUAGCUGUUGAUGUAUCAGUACCAUUUGUAUACUGCAAUAUGCUGCCAAUGGUUCUUCCCCAAGUCAAGAGCCGAUACACACAAGUAAGAACAAUUGGCUAUCGAUGUAAUGGAGGAUCCAUACAAUACAUUUGA